UAGUCUGUGAGAGGAGGCGACUGAAGCAGGUGAGAGAGAGAUAGAUAGAGAGAAAGAGAGAGAGAGAGAGAAGUAGAGAGGGAGGGAUAAUCGGCGAUACUUUUCUGCUCUUCAACACACACAGAGACACACACAACACACACACGGUGUGGGAAGACGACAGACUUGGAGCUUCGGCAAAGUCGCUGUUGUUAACACGCUGUGCUCUUUUCCUCCCCCUGGCACCGUGCGCGCUCGCCAAGCCGCACUGUUUGGAGAUAGUCCGCGCGGAAAGUUUUUUUUUUUGGAGCACACUGUCUGGAGCCGAUAAAUUGUUGCAUUUGUUUUUGUUUUUGUUUUUUUGUUAAUUAAUUAAUUUAUUUUAUUUUGUCGCGAGGCGGAUGACUGUUUUGCAUGUGAAGACUUUUAAAUCGAGCUGAGGAAUUGUCAAAGUCGUUGUUUUUGUUUUUUUGCACAGAAUGGAAGGUAAAUUGACAAGUCGUUUGUGGCGAGGAUCACCGUGUGGAUCUUUCCGCAGGUAAAACGCGCUAUGACCCGAGCGUGUGAGCGGCUGGAUUUAAUGUUCAUAGCAGUAUUUUGACGCGUUUUUGGUUUGAUACGAUUUAGCUAUAGUCUGGAGCAGUCUUCACUUGGAUAGGGACUAUAAAACUAGGCCGCUUUCAAUUAGAAGAGAAUCGACAAAGUACAUGCGAAGUUUCCGCCAGUUGCACUUUGGGUUGCCGUAGAUGGUUUUAUGUGUUCAUAGUAACCGCAAAGUCACACACACUGACUCGUUUAAGGAACUGCUCAUUUUCUCACACUGUCUUUAGACAUUUUCUAUAUCUCGCCACCUCCUACCAGCCCUCUAAGCUGUCUGGCGCACGGAGCGCAUUCACUGAUUCUUGGGCGUCCGUGUUCACCGAAACACCGAACCUGAAGAACUCUUAGCUUUAGCGUUACACUUUCAUCAACCCCAACAAAGCACUUUACAGGAGAUCCGGAUAAAGCCACGGGACUUGUCUCCACCACAGCGGAAAAGGAAGUCUUAAAUCCACCUGGCCCGCACUGGGAUUAUUGGUUUGAUAUCGUCUGCAGAAAGUGGAUUACAACUUCUAACGGGCUGUGCUCCCUGAUCAGCGGCAGUAUGAACCUGGGGCUGGGCUGUGUGUGUCGGCCAGUUUGCUGGCCCUUUGGCAGCGUGUUGGACUCCAGACACUGUGUCUUUGCCGUCACACUCCUCACGCUCCUCAUGCAGGUGGUGGUGGAAGCCAACUCGUGGUGGUCUCUGGCCAUGAACCCUUUACUGAUCCCGGAGGCCUACAUCAUCGGUGCCCAGCCUCUGUGCAGCCAGCUGGUGGGUCUGUCACAGGGCCAGAAGAAGCUUUGCCAGCUCUACCAGGACCACAUGCAGUACAUUGGCGAAGGUGCCAAAACCGGCAUCAGAGAGUGCCAGUACCAGUUCAGACAUCGGCGCUGGAACUGCAGCACAGUGGACAACUCUUCUGUUUUUGGACGGGUCAUGCAAAUAGGCAGUCGAGAAACAGCAUUCACUUAUGCCAUCAGCGCAGCAGGGGUGGUGAAUGCGGUUAGCCGUGCCUGCAGAGAGGGGGAGCUCUCCAGCUGUGGGUGCAGCCGUGCGGCUCGCCCCAGAGAUCUGCCCCGAGACUGGCUGUGGGGUGGCUGCGGCGACAACCUCAACUACGGCUACAGGUUCUCCAAGGAGUUUGUGGACGCACGGGAGAGGGAGAAGAGCUACCCCAAAGGCUCGUAUGAGAGCUCACGCCUGUUGAUGAACCUUCACAAUAAUGAGGCUGGAAGGAGGACGGUGUCAGACCUUGCCCACGUGUCCUGCAAGUGCCACGGGGUAUCAGGGUCAUGCAGCCUGAAGACGUGCUGGCUGCAGCUGGCUGACUUCCGCAAGGUGGGUGAUGCACUGAAGGAAAAGUACGACAGCGCCGCUUCCAUGAAGCUCAACCCGCGUGGAAAGCUGGUGCAAAUGAACAACAAGUUCAAUGCUCCCACGAGCCACGACCUGGUGUACAUCGAGUCCAGUCCAGACUAUUGCCUGAAGAACCAAAGCACAGGCUCCCUGGGCACAGUGGGGCGCCUUUGCAACAAGACCUCCGAGGGCAUGGAUGGGUGUGAGCUGAUGUGCUGCGGCCGCGGUUAUGACCAGUACAAGGCCCAGAUAGUGGAGCGCUGCCACUGCAAGUUCCACUGGUGCUGCUAUGUCAAGUGCAAGCGCUGCACCAAAACCGUAGACCAAUUCGUCUGCAAGUGAGAAGAGGAGCGCUGCCUGUGUGUGUUCACUUGCAGACGAUGGGCAUACAUCUGUGUGUAUUCAUGAGCAGAGGAGCACAGGAGUUGAACACAGUGAGAGAAUGGAAGAAAGAAACUAUAUAAAUUAUAUUUAUAGAGUUAAACAAUUAUGCCAUUGCAAAAAGACUGACUCUUUUUUUCAAAAAAAAAUCUUAUGUCUUCAGAAACUGAGAGUAUCAUGAAAUAUUUAUUUUGAGAUUGUUAUGUUUUAUUUUGGCCCAGUCAUCACCAGCCGGUCUUAACCCCUUCAAGUGCCUAAAAAUGGCUGGAAAUCUUCCCCCACCCAACCUGCACCAUUUUUUAUUUUUUAUUUUUUUUUUAAUUUCAAAAAACAUCACUUUUCUUGUCAGAUGGGUCACACUGAUUGUGAAAUUGGACUGUGAUUCCCAUUUCCUAACAAGAGUAGAGUUCGAUAUUUGUGUCAUAGUUGACUAAGAGGUCCUGUUUUGUUGUUUGAGAGUGACUGUGUUGAGAGGAGAACGCCUGUGUGCUCUAGUGUAUGGAUGUGAUUUUGUGGGCCCAAUCCCAAACCAGCCGUAGACAUCCUACGGAUGUAGGAAGUCUACUUGUCCCCUCUCAUCACAUGUCGAGUAAGGAACACUGUUGGUUCGUUCGAGUCCUUGGAGUAUAGUGGCUACAGUAAGAGGGCUGUUUUGGGGACUUAUUAAGCUGUCCCUGAAGCCUUAAAGUUACCCAGGUGCUGCAACAAGCCUUCCACCAUUAUGCACUUUGAUACAGAGGCUUAAACCUGUCUGUACGUGUCUGUUCAGCUGUUUUUUACUACAGUGCAUCAGCAAAUAUAUCAAUAUUAUAGCCUACAUUCUUUUCCAUAUUAAUGCAGAUUAUCCAUUUAACAUUAUUCUACAAUACUUAACAUGGUUUGAAUAUAUAUGGGCAAUGUUGUGGUUACAGUGGUGAAAUAUUCCAUGCUCUGUGUAUAUAGUAUGUCUAUCCAACCAAUCGAUAAACUGUAUUUAUUUUCUUUAACCAGAUCCUCCUUAAAGCUUAAAACAGAAAAGCGUCUCCAUUAGAUUUCAAUAUUUAGGCAGACAUCCCCAAGUUUUGGAGUCACUUUUUAAAAUUUUAUUUUCACUAAUGCGGCUCUUCACUGUUUUUUUGUAAAGGGAAAAGCACCUUAUUGUUUCAAAAACACAUUUUUUUUCUCACUCAUGUUCAGCUUUACUGUUUUACACACGUAUAUAUCACAGAUCUUCAGAUUUUAUCAUUGCCACCAAUUUCCAAAACCACUCAGUUAACUGCUCACUAUCCCUGUGAUGAUUCUCAAUAGACAAACUAUUUCUACCAAUCCAACUAUGUAUAUUUAUAAGCUUCUCCAUGAAUUUGAGAUUUGUUAAACUUAAUGUGUUAUAGCUGAUAUUUUGUUACUUUUUACAAAUUGGCUGAAUGCUCUACUUUGUUUCAAUAAAUAUCAAGUGUAAAACCAGCAGAGUAGUUACUCACAGUGUUUAUUC